AUGUCUGGCCAGGACACUGAGGACUUUGGAGCAGAAAUCCUGUCAGAAAGGUCUCGGAUGAUCCCUGGGCUCCCCCCUUAUGACAUGGAUGACCAGCUCCUUCCCAGGGAGCCCCGCAGCCCCUGGUGCUGCCUGGCGUGGACCCUGGUGAUAGGAACCAUGAACUGCCUGGUCUUCCUCCUGAAUUUGCUCCUGAUGUUUGUUAUUUUCACCAUCGUGCUGCUUCCUACCAUCGUGGUGGUUUACUUUGGCUUCCAGUGCCACUCCCAGGUGCUGCACUCCUCUGCCCGCUACUGCAAGAGCAUCUUGGACGACAACAGCUCCUCUGCCCUCAUCAUCCUGGGUUUUGUCAUCAUGUCCCCACUGCUGGUGGUGGCCAUGGCCAUUUACUGCAGCCUGGCACGGCGCCUGCAGCUCCUCGUGUGCUUCCAGCCCUACAGCCUGGCCCUCUACAAGGGGGGCCGCUGGUGCCACCCCAGGGAGGGGGCUCCGUGCUGUGCCAGGGGCUGCAACACCCAGCUCAAAGCCUGGGUGUGACCCUGCAGCACCAGCAGUGUCCCCUCCCUGUGCCCCAUCCUCAUCCUCAGCUCUCCCUGCGGAGCUGGCUCAGCCAGGCUCACCCUCUGAUUAAUCACAAAAAAACCCCAAAAAAACAAAAACCCAAACCAAAAAAAAACCCCACUGCAACAGAGUGAAAACACAGCUGGGACAGCUAUGGGGAGGGCAGGGCAGCUCCAUCCUUCCAAAUCCUGUCUGGUGGUGUUUGUUGGUGUUGUUCCUGUCUGUGUGCUGCUCAUUGCUGGCUGCUGUCCCCUUUGUCCCCAGCAGAACCAUUCCCAGUUUUCUGUAGAAAUA